UUUUUUUUUUUUUUGCGCACAGCCGGCUUUUGGGUUUUCUGGCAGCAGCGCCGGACUUGCGGCGAGCGAGCGAGGACGAGGGUCGGAGCAGCUUCCAGGGCUGCUGACCUUGAGGCCAACAUGGCAGCCAAGUGGAUUUCCCAAGAGACAUUUGAUGAUGUGGUACAGGAAAAUAUCGUUGAGUUUGGAAUGGAUCCAGAAGAGGCAGUGAAUGAAGCCAUCCAGCAGUUUGAAUCUCAAGGCGUAGAUUUAAGUAAUAUAGUAAAGGCGGUACCCAGUCCCGCUUCAGAGAAUGGUCAAGAGCAGAAGCACAUGAUUUUACAGAUAUUGGACUGUCUCCAGAAAGCCGUCAUCGAUGCGGAUUCGAGCAAGGUGGAUGAAUCUUUGGUGAACUUUGCCAGGCAGUGCAGGCAGGAGCUGUCGGUCCGUUACCUGGCUGCCCAGAAAGGUGCCUACCCUGCAGUCCUUGCUGCUUGUCGGCUGGCAUCGGAAGAGCGCUGCUCUCUUUUAAAAGCCCUCCAAGCCCUCUCCGCCCUCCUGGAUGGCCAGCCUGACCUCCUCGAUGUGCCUGGGCAGGAGCUGUUGCUGCGAGUGCUGCAGGAGAGCCGAGAUGACGCUGACCUCACUUUGGCUGGCGUCCGUUGCGUCCGAUAUGCUUGCCUGAAACAUGAGCAGAACCGCCAGGAUCUUGUGAAAGGGGGCAUCCUUGCCCUACUGUCCGAAGCUAUAGUCCGGCACGGGGACCGGGCAGACGUGGUCCGGGAGGCCUGUUCAGGGCUCCGCAUCAUGACCUUUGAUGAUGACAUCCGGGUGCCCUUUGGCCAUGCCCAUGACCAUGCCAAGAUGAUUGUGGUUGAGCAUAACGGCUUGGGAAUCCUGAUAGAGGCAGCCAAAGCCUUCACUGAUGACUGCAGUGUUUUGAGUGAAAUCUGUGCCACUCUGGCACGCUUGUCUGUUCGGAAUGAAUUUUGCCAGGAGAUCAUGGACCUCGGAGGCUUAAACUUCAUAGUGGCACUGUUGGCAGACUGCAUUGACCACCAGGAACUGGUGAAACAGGUGCUCAGUGCUAUCCGGGCCAUUGCAGGCAAUGAUGAUGUAAAAGAUGCCAUUGUCAAUGCAGGAGGGACUGAUCUCAUUAUUUUGGCCAUGAGUCGCCAUCUUGGCAACCCACAGGUGUGUGAACAGAGUUGCGCAGCAUUGUGUAUGCUAGCGUUGCGCAAGCCAGAGAACUGUCGAGUCAUCAUGGAAGGAGGGGGAGCCUUGGCAGCUCUGCAGGCCAUGAAGACGCACCCCGGGGAAGUUGCCGUGCAGAAGCAAGCGUGCAUGCUGAUUCGCAACUUGGUCUCCCAUACUCAGGACUUCUCCCAGCCCAUCCUGGAGAUGGGAGCCGAGGACUUGAUCAUCGAAGCCCGAACAGCCCAUCGGGACUGUGAUGACGUGGCCAAAGCUGCCUUGAGGGACCUGGGCUGCAAGGUGGAGCUGCGGGAACUCUGGACCGGCCAAAAAGGAAGCCUGGCACGUUGAAGUCUCAUCCCACCCACCCACCCACCCUCCAUUGGGCAGCACCUGUGGAUGCGGAGUAAGAGAGGGAAGCAAAGCUUGGAAUAAAUCCAGACUGAGCAGUUGAGAGGGAGAAGAGUGUCUUGAUACCUCUGGAGUUGGAUAGGACUUAGUUGCUGCAGCAGGAGGCCCCUUGCUCCACACUCUCUUGCGUUCAGCUUCUUGGCCCAGGCUCCCUUUCCGCUGUGCUUUGUUGGCAGUGCCUAUGAAGCGGCCCUCCUCUCAAAAACAAACAGGGCGGCAGUGCUGUGCCAACGAUGCCGCCACGCAACCAGGCUUGCCGCGCUCUAAAGGAAGGGAGACGCCUGCGGUGCGUGUCCAAAUCUGUACAAAUUGCCUCAAAAAGAUUUUAGCAACAAAAGAGAGGGUGGAAGAGCAGGUGGUGGGACCCACGUUUUCUCGAUGUCUCUGAAUACUUCCCUCUCCUGCCUGGCAGGUUUCUCUUACUCAACUAGGCCUUUGUUACUAUGACAACCGUUAAGCUUAACAGCUUCCUGCUGUAAUGCUUCCAUUGGUUUGAAUGUGUGCUGCCUGAAGUCCUGAUCUACUCUUUGUCCUCAGCCAUUCCAGUUGUUUCCGUGUGCCGUCAUGGUAUUCAACCAAUGCAUGCUGCCUGUUUUAUUUUUCUCUUUUAAUUCAGGGGUGUCCAAACGUGGGAACUUUGAAGACUUGUGGACUUCAACUCCC